AUGCAUAGUUUACCGGGAAGUUCGUUGUUCAAAGGCAGUACGACAGGGCGCCUGGAGACGUGCCAAAGGCCGUUACAAGGAAAGGAAGAGUUGACUGUUAGAAAAGAAGAAAUUGUAAGGAGAGAAAAUCAACAGAAACGACAUUACUUUUACCAAAAUGAACUCCAAAACAUGGCUAGAGAGCUACCGGGUAAAUACCAGCAGCGGCUGCCUUAUGACCUUCUGUCUAGUCUAGCUAACUCCCUGCUAGAUGGGACGGUGUUUGAGAUUGUGCGCAGUCUACAAGAAGUUCAGCAGUUCAUAUAUGAUACCCCUCGGAAACGGCGCACCCUUAAAGAUGUGGGCACAAGAACUCCUUCAAAGACUAAAAGACUUUUAAACAAAGAUCCAGACACACCAUCCAAAAGAAUAGAGGUGCUGAUCAACCAAAAGGAGGAAGCAGACAAACUUGUGGCAAACAUCCAUAGAUUGAAAAUGGACGCAGAAGAACAUCUAAACAUUCUACCCUUGGAGAAUGAGGAGGACACUGUAAACCUUCUUUCCCUGUGCCUAUCCGUUGCCCAGAUGGCUACCCUCUGUGCAGUCGUCAACCACGUGCCAGAGAAUUUUCCAGACAGGAAUGUCAUCAUAAGGAACAUUUGCAAGGCCUCUCCACUCUUUGCAUCAACAAAGCCGGAAUCUUUGUUGCACUUUCUGCGAAUUCUUCCGUGUUGCCCAAAUCUGAUGACCUUCCACAAGGACAACCCAGCAGACAUUUCAUCACUGUUGUGGCAAGCUACCUGGCUCCACAAGGAACCCUAUUUAGCUUUCAUCAACCCCCCAGUGACUGAAUGUCUGCAGUGUGAAGAGACUCUGUAUUCCUUUGCCAGAGUUGCAGUCACCCUGUACACCUUGAGUGGACCCAUUCCAGGCCAAAGAGGUGUUUUAAAAUGCAAAUCGUGUCAAAUGUAUUACCAUGUGGAUGGAUACUCUUCACCAAAUCGAGGAAAAGCAUUUUAUUCGCUACCAAGUGCCAGCCAGUGGAAAAGUGCAAGUAACAGAGUCUUUUGGAGCAAGGACCUGCACGAGUUCCUAUGUGAAUCUAGCAACCAUGGAUUUGUUUCGCACCAAGCCUUUGCAGAAAUCUUCAAUGCUGUUUACUCGGAAAACCAUCCCAGAACUCAAAAGUUUCAUGCUUGGAGAGACUACAUGUUGACAUCUGAGAAGACUGAUUUAAAGACUUCAGGCACCAACUUUUCCAAUGAUGACAACAUAGAUGAUCAAACCAUUGCUGAUUGUGAAAUGACAGAUUCAAUCACUGAAUCGCAGUCAUCUCAUGAUCCUGAAGAAGAAAGCUGUCUCCAAGUAAAUAUGACGAGGAAAAAUGCUGCAGCCGUGUACUUCACAGGAGAACUUGAAAACGAAAUACAAGAGCGUGGACUUCAGCAUAUUUUCCUCAGUAAGACCAGGACAAGGGAAGAUGUGAUGAAAGAAAUUGACUGUCUGCGGAAAAGUGAACUGUAUGAGCACAAGGAAGAAGACUGCUCGCCUUUAUGUAAGAGCAAGGGUUGCAGCAAUCUGCGUGUUAUAGACAGUUGUUGGAAAGUGUGCAUGUGUCAUUGCAUGUUUGCUGUGCCCAUGGAAAUUGAUGGCUACCCCUUGUUGACAUUUCCAAAUGUGUGCACCCAAGAACCAAAGGCCGGAUCAGUAUUCUGUGGAGAACAUCACCAGCUGUUGGAAAGACACCAGAUCCCCACCAAAAAAGAAGACUUUCUGAAAUUCCUAGGAUGUGCAGUUCACCCAAAGUCUGCCAGUGACAUCAAAAAGGUUGAUGAAAAGUUGCUGGAAUUUGCAUCCCAGUUAUAUGAAAGCGAUUCCACUGGGAAGGCACUGGGGUUGUCAGCUUUGAAUUACCAAGGAACAAAUGAAAUAGUUUCAAAUAUGAGUGCGAGUUCAUGGGAUGACGAUUCAAAGUCUGCUGAAAUAUGCAACAAGGAUACUGGGGAGAAAGCACGACUUCGCCAAAGGUCCAGAGGACAUUUUCUGUGCGUAACCGGUGGAGGACACAUCACUUACUUCGACCCAAUUUUCAAGUCUGAGAGUCCUUCCCAGAUAUUCAUGCAGGUUGUACGCCUCAUGUACUUGGAGCUAAAAGAUGUUCCAGAAGAGGAUCUCGAAGAGGCAAUGGAAAAUUACAUCUUGUGUUAUGACAAUAUGUGUCAACUUGACUCCCUGAAAGCUUCUAAAGAGGACCUUCCCCUGCCUCCCCCAUUCCACAUGAUGUGGAGAAACAUCAGGAAAAUUAUUGAUCGACUUCAUCUGGCAAACCACAAAAAUCCUAGAUGUAAGGAAGUGUACAGUGCCGAUGAAGCCCUUCCUCCUGGUUACAACACCAUGGUUGCAGAGCAAACAUUCUCCUGGUUUUCCAGAUUCAAGAAAAUUGCAAAUUCAAUGUCACAGACACAUCACCUUUUCUUUGUUCAUAGGAACAUCAAACGCAGAAACACGUAUACUGCAAAGUGCCGAAGGAAAGGCAAGGAACCUGUCCUCCCAGGAAUUAAUUCCAAGCUCCUAUCAAAACUGGCAUAAAUAGUGCAUUCAGGCUAAGUGUACAGCAUUGUGAACUAAAUUGCAGUGAUUUGUGUAUACUGUACAAAUUGUAUAUUGAUAUGUGUUUAAACAAUUGAUUUGAUUAUAAAUCCCUUUCAUGUU